AUGGAGUUAUCUGCACGAUCUGCGUAUAGAGGUCAGGUAACAAAAAUUGUGAAAAAUGCUACGGAUUUUUUCGACAAUGAAAGCUCUCAACUCAAUUCAACAAAUGACCUGGAUACCAUUGAGGAAGAAAUUGUUCAAUUUGUCCAGCGACUGACGUUAGCCCAUGAAAGUCUCAAUGCUGUUAACAAAGAUGUGCAAACUAAAGGUCUUCUCAAGACAGAUGAACUAGACAGGGAAUUUGAAAGGGUCAGCGAAUAUGAAGACUCGGCAAUAGGUGUUCUUUCUCGUCUAAAUUCUCGUCUCCAGAAAGUCAGAAACAAGCUUAACCCACCCACAAAUAAUACAUCAAGAUCGCCUCUCAACAAUUCAUCAUCUCAUAAUAAUAAUUCUAAUUAUUCCGUUAAACUUCCCAAAUUGCAGCUUAAAAAAUUCGAUGGCAAUUAUCAUGAGUGGUUAUCGUUUUGGGAGCAGUUCCGAACGGCUGUUCACGAAAACGGAAAUUUAACAUCAUCCGAUAAAUUUAGUUAUUUGGAAUCUGUGUUAACUGGCAGCGCAAAAAAUGUCAUCGGUGGAUUUACAGCUUCAGGUAUGUGUUAUGAAGCCGCUAUCUCUCUCCUACAAGAACAAUUUGGUGACGUAGAACGUUUGGUGGAUAAAAAUAUGCAGCAAUUACUUUCCCUUCGCUCCGUCCACCAAAGAACAGAUGCAGCUAGCCUUCGCAAUUUAUAUAAUUCUAUAACAUCAUGUUGUCGCACACUAACAGCUUUGCAAAUACCUACCCAUCAUUACCACGUCAUGCUGAAAACAAUAUUGCUUCGUUGCUUGCCUUCAGAACUGCGAGUGGAUUAUUAUAGAGUAGAGGAAAGAGAUGAACAAGAACAUGCUACUGAAACAAAAGAAGAUGAUGACUCGAGUUCCACAACCUCUUUGCAAAUUGGAGAUAAGCAAGUGAAAGACAUAAUGCGUUUUCUGAAAAGAGAGGUUGAAUCUUUGGAAAGAAAAAACGGUCAACGUUACCAAGCUUCUCUACCAUGGAAGCAUCCGGAUGUUGUAGUUAAAAGCAACAAGGCACAAGCAUUAACGAGACUGAAGUCACUUCGCACUCGGUUGUCCAGACAUCCCGAACAAUACCAACAAUAUGAUGCAGGUAUACAACAACUUCUUCAAGACGGUGUAGCUGAACCGAUUCCACCUCCAAACGAUGGCGAUUUGCGUCGUGUCAUCUACUUACCUCAUCGCCCAGUGUAUAAAGCUGAAAGUACAACUACAAAGAUACGGAUCGUGUUCGAUGCCUCAGCACGGAGUGAAUUCUCGCCCUCGUUAAACGAUCUUCUUCACGUUGGAGCUAAUCUACUUCCCGAUGUUUUAAAGAUCCUUUUGAACUUUCGCCUUGGACGUUAUGGGAUCGUGGCCGAUGUAGAGAAGGCCUUUCUUCAAAUCGAGCUCAACAAGAAGGACCGUGACAGCCACAGGUUUUUAUGGUACAACACUGAAGAGGGAAUCGCCGAAUAUCGGAUGACGAGAGUUACUUUUGGCGUGAAUUGCAGCCCUUUCUUGCUGACAGCAACCUUGCGAUUUCAUCUGAAAAACGAGAUCCAGUUUCAGCCUACAUGCAACAUUUUGAUGAACAGUUUUUACAUGGACGAUUUCGCUGCAAGCUGUAAUACUGAAGAAGAAGGUAAGCGCAUUGGUGAGGAAGCUGUGUUGGUGAUGAGAAACGCAAGCAUGAAUCUCAGGAAGUGGAACUCUAAUAGUGAGCUAGUUCGUAACGCUCUUUGCCCAGAUGCUAGCAUGAAGGCGUAUGGAACUGUUGCUUUCAUUAAAAUCGUUGGCGAUGAUGGUGAAGAGAGUGUUGCUUUCCUUUGUGCAAAAAAUCGAGUUGCACCGCUCAAAAUAGAUGGAAUAAAAGAACUGUCCCUUCCAAAGUUGGAACUAACGGCAGCAUUGUUAGCAGCUCGACUGUGUGCUUACUUAAAACAGUCUCUUAAAGUUAUGAUACACAAGUUUUUCCUCUGGACCGAUUCCAGAAUUGCGCUUGGAUGGAUUCAGGGUGAUGCUAAUCUAUGGAAGCCGUACGUGCAGAGCCGAGUCACUGAAAUCCGUCAUUUAACGUCAGUAGCAGACUGGAGGCACUGCAAAGGAAAGGAGAACCCCGCCGAUCUUCUCACCCGAGGAGUCACCGCUUACUGA